UCGAGGGAUAGAAGUGUACAUUACAUGGCGAUAUCGCUUAGGCAGUCUCCCUCACCCAGUAGCCUACUAUCUUAAGUUGAUGUAUAGAGGGAUUUAUGCCCGACUUGGACAACAACAGCAGCAUGCUACACUUUCUGCUACAGAGGAGGAUUAUCAGAGUAUAGCUACACCUGUAGCGCCUUUAUCACCAGACAAUGCUGCUACACCUUCCGGAUAUGAAAAUAACGAAACUCCUCCUCCUCCACAAUUAUCUAAUUUUGCACACCGCACAAAACGCAUUAAACGCACAGCACCACAGCCAAGGCAAUCACAAGCACUGCUUCGCUGCCUGCGCGAAGCUGCUAUCGUUGACUCACUGGCACAACGUACAAAAGGACCUGUGCCUCCAGUAAGGGUAAAAGCACGUUCACCUUCACAUCGUGUUAAUGUGGAUAUUGCACCAAGGAGGAUAGAUAAUAAUGGUUUUUAA